AUGGAUCUAAAAGGACCCAUUGGGCCACAACCAACACCAAGAGGUAAUCGUCACUUGCUUGUGGUGGUAGACCUUCUCACGAGAUCUGCUGAGAUGAUUCCGUUACCAAACAAAUCCGAAAAAACAGUUGCUAAUGCACUAGUAAACGAAGUCUUCUGUCGCCAUGGUAUACCCGACUCUAUUCUGACGGACCGAGGUUUAGAAUUCGAUAAUUCUACAAUGCAGACCUUAGCAACAGAACUCGGAAUUGAUAAGAAGAGAAUAAAUCCCUUGUACCCCCAAGCCAACGGGGCAGUAGAACGGUUGAACAGGACAAUCGAGAAGAUGCUCAAAAAAUCAGCAAAUGAUGACGAUUUGGACUGGGAUCUGAACAUUCCUUUUGUAAGAUUUAGUUAUCAGAUUCAAGAACACUCAGCAACAGGUCACUUUCCGUUUUAUCUUACAUAUUGCAGACACCCAAGGACCACUGCCCUGGCUAACGGCGGAAAGCUCCCGAUAGCCCAAGUACCCCAAGACUGGUCAAUCGACCUAGCGAAAAGGCUAAAAGAUGCACAUGCAGAAAGCGUUGCUACGGAUACGGCAAACAAAGAACGACGGAUGGAGAAGAGUAAGAAGGAGGCGACAACCGCGGUCAAGUAUAUGAUUCGGGACAAAGUUCUCGUUCAUACCCCACAAAGAAAGGGAAAAGCGUCCGCUCUGCACAAACCUUGGGCGGGCCCCUACAUAGUAAUUCAAAGUCGCGAAGGCAAUACGUAUCGUCUCAAGAAAGCGGGUAACUUCAGAAAGCGUAUAAUUCGACAUGCUGAUCAAAUUCGUCCCAUCCAUCCUAGACCACCUCGACUACAGCAACGAGCCGAAGAUACUCAUGUCGAUCCAAAUUCAAACGGAGAACAAACUUUGGAUCCUAAACCAGUUUGUAAUCAACCCAAUGACCACACUAGAGAAGAACAUUCGGAGAACCGCGGCGAAAGGGAGACAGAAGAGCCAGGAAGAGGUCACCGAGUAAGACGGGCGCCACAACGAUUAAUAGAUUCAAUUUUUGCUGCAAUAAACUUUACAAUCAGGAACAAUACGUUAGAAAAGUUGGUUUGUUUACGUCGCGUUCGCGCCAUAUGUCCUGUAGAGUCCUCUUUUGCCGCGAUUGGCGACAACAAAAGCAAAAAUGCCCCAUUUUCAAACAACGAUUGACAGAUUGCAUUUAUUUUCCGCACAGGCCGGUUUGAGAACAUCUUUUUACCAGCUAAAUUGUGACCCCCUAGAAUUCAGUUUAUAUACCCCCUCCCUGGAAUUUCCUAGGAACAUUGCUAGAUAUCUGCAAUUAAAGCCAUUUUCCAGGGGUUCCCUGGAUUUUGGUCUGUAAUCAUCCAACCCCCUAGAUUUUGAAAUAUACCCCAUUUUCAAACCGGGAAAACUUGUCGGUUGGAGGAGAUUAUUAAUGUUUUAAAGUAUCAACUAGAACUGGACCCUCCCCGAAUUCAAUGAUGUGAAUUUUGCUGAAUUUCCCUAUAUAUAAACUAUUUAACCCCCGGCGUAUAUCAAUGCCAUUUCUUUUAUAGCCCCGAAAUAUACCCCAUUUUCAAACCACGAUAAACCGUCAGUUCGAGGGGGUUAUUUGUGUUUUGGACUAUCAAUAGAAAGAAUAACCUUCACUGAAUUCGAUACGAUGCUCUACAUUUUGUUGAAUUUCCUGUUUUAAAAAGUAUUUAAACCCCGGCGAAUAUCAAAGCCACAUUUGUAACAUGUGCACUGACCCGAAACCAAGGGUAAUUCAAAGCGUGAUUAACAUAACUGAAACAUGAUACGGCAACCACAUCAAUUUUUAUUCGCACCCCCCUGUUGAGAAACCUUGGAAUUUCCAGGGGAGAGGUGCAUUAACUUUCAAACUUACAGGGGAGGGGGUACAUUAACCUUGGAAUUUCCAGGUGAGGGGGUACAUGAACUCUGGAAUUUCCGGAGAAGGGGUUCCAGGCUCUGGAAUUCCAAGGGGAAGAGAAAUUCUCACAUGGAAUUUUUCAGAGGGAAGAGUAAAUUUAAUGGGAGGGAAAUUCCAUUGGAGGACAUAUAUUAGAGGAUGACAAAGAUGAGCUGGUAUUAACCUGCAAAAUACAGAGUUAUCUACUAUAAAUUAAUAUAAUGUGUUUCAAUACUAGAAUCUUGAUGUUAAUUACCAGGUAAAUCUGUAAAUUUUGACAAAAAUUUUGAAAGGAAAAUUUUGGAAGAAAAUUUUGCGAAACAAUUCGGGAAAAAAGGAAAUUUCGGGUUAUGGAGAUGGAAAUUAGUUUUUGGGAGUGGAAACACUGGGUUUGUUGACAGCGUUUCGGGUUUUGUUGACAGCGUUUUGGGUUUUGUUGAUUGAAAUUUUGCUUGCUUGAAUCUGAUACAAAUUUUAAGGUUGAUCUUGAACUGCUAAAUAUACGGCUGUUGCUUCUGAGGCAGGAGAUUCGUCUUGGUUGUGAAACAAAAAUCGGUGUUGAUAUAGAAGGCUUUUUGAAUAGUUGA